AUGUGGGUACGCAGCACAGGUCACACAGUUCAAAGCAAGAUGUCUUCGGAAAGGGGCGACGGGCGAGCAAAACUAAACAUGGAACACGGAUUCAUGCAGUCGAUAAUCAAGAAUCAAGUGGACAGAGAUGAGUAUGACAAAGAGCAAAAGCUUUUGAAGGUGCAAAACAAGAUUAGCGGUCCAUCCCGGAGGGAAAGACCCCGAAGAGCGGAUCAACAAGUUUACGUGCCGCCGCAUUUGAGGGGGAAAGCUACCCCCGAAACUGAACCAGAGACAAGCUUAAGUGCAGAUUUACAGAAUGGUCAAGGGCAACCCCCUCAACAGCCUCCUCACCAAGGGCCUCCCCAACCAGGACCCGCUCAGUAUGGUCAGCGGCAACCAUACCCACAGCACUAUCAACAGCAGCAAGGACCAGGCUACCAACGGCAACAGCCUUAUCAACAACAGCAGCCACCAUAUCGUCAACAGCAACCUUAUCAACAACAACAGCCUUAUGGACAACAACAGCCAGGGUCCUAUCAACAGCAACAACAGUAUCAACAACAGCCGCGGCCUUAUCAACAACAACAAUCGCGGCCUUAUCAACCACAGCAACAGUCAGGGCCUUAUCAGCAGCAGCCACUGUCGGGGUCUUAUCAACAACAACAAUGGCCAGGGCCCUAUCAACAACAACAACAACAGUCAGGGCCUUAUCAGCAACAGCAACAACACCCCUAUCAGCAACAGCCACGGCCUUAUAACCAACAACAACAACAGCCAGGGGCUUAUCAACAGCAGCCCUAUCGACAACAACAACCUUAUCAGCAACAACAGUCUUAUCCACAACAGCAGCCCUAUCAACGGCAACAGCAACCUCACCAGCAGCCCCCCCAGUUUCAUCAGCAACAGCAACACCCACCACAGCAGCAAAAUCGACAGCAAAUGCCUCAGCGAUAUCAACAGGAGCCAGCUGGUCGUGGUCAAAUGUAUGGACGUGGAGGGCCAACUUAUGGUGGUCAAGCACCAUCUCAUGAGCAGCCAUCUGCUGUGACUCCGCCUCAGCCUCAAUCAGCACCACAUGGAAGGGGGGCUCAGAUGGCUGGAUUUUAUGGCAGAGGAGGCCCAUCAUCAUCUAUGCAGACUCCUUAUGGACGAGGUGCAGCAACAGGUGAUGCUCCUCAACCUCAACCACAGCCUGCUAUUCCACCACCCUCUACUUCUCAGCCAUCAGUUCCAUCAGGAGAACAUCCCUCACCUCCACAAGCACAGCCAAGCGGCCCUCAGGUUCCAGUAGAGCAGAUGUCCAGAGUGAGAGUAUCAGUAGCGGAAAACAUUCCUAAGACUCAAACAGGCGAAAAAGGAUCUGCUGGAAAAAAGAUGUCUCUGAGUGCAAACUUCAUCCCAAUCAGAUUUAUAGAACAAAAGAUAUAUCAAUACCAUGUCACAUACAGUCCUGAGAUUGACAGCAGAAAAGCAAGACAUGGCCUUCUUAAGAGCCACAGUGAUAUUCUAGGGCCAGCUAGUGCCUUUGAUGGAUCCAUUCUUUUUCUACCCAAAGAAUUAGAAAAACCUGUAAGUAGAUCCCAUAAAAGUCUAAUGAAGUGCUCAUGUUGCUUAGUUGUGAUGUGCUUUAUUGUGGACCAGUCAUAUAACUAUGUGACUUUGAGAUUUUUUUUUUGUUUCAGAGUUAUGAAGCAACUUCAGCUAACACAAGUGGGCCGAUAUUACUACGAUCCCAAAAGGCCAGCCAGCAUUCCGCAACAUAAGAUUGAACUUUGGCCAGGCUACAUCACUUCUAUUCAAUGCUAUGAGGGUGGAAUGAUGCUCUUGUGUGAUGUGUCACACAGGCUUCUCAGGACAGAGACAUGUUAUGCUUUCAUGAAUGAGUUGUACUCAAAGAGAAGAGAUCGGUUUGAAGAAGAAUGCAAAAAGCAACUAGUAGGAAAUAUUGUUUUGACAAGGUACAAUAAUAAGACUUACAGAAUUGAUGAUGUGGCCUUUGAUCAGAACCCAAGAUGCACAUUUCCUUUUCACAAUGGAGAGCAGAUGUCCUAUGUGGAUUAUUACAAAAAAGUCUAUAACGCAGAUCUGCAAGAUCUGGAGCAGCCAUUACUUAUACACAGACCAAAGGACAAGGAAAUACAGAGGGGUAAAAAGCCAGGAUUGGUUUGCUUGAUACCUGAACUAUGCUACAUCACAGGACUUACAGAUACAAUCAGGCAAGACUUCCGAGUUAUGAAGGACAUUGCAGCACACACAAGAGUAAGCCCAAUGCAGAGACAACAAGCUAUGAUGAAAUUUAUUGAUAACAUCAAUUCCUGCCCUGAGGCUCUUCAAGAACUCACAUCUUGGGGAGUUCAGCUUGAUCAGACCAUGCUCAGAACUGAAGGUCGUCAGCUGCCGUUGGAGAAGAUUACUCUUGGCAGCACAUCAUUUCAGUCUAGUCCUCAGGCUGACUGGGGCCAGCAGGCUGUCAAGGAGCAAGUUAUCACUCCUGUUCCUCUUCGUAACUGGUUGGUGCUGUAUGUGAACAGAGACAAGAGUAAAGCUCUUGAUUUUGUUACCAUGAUGAAUAAGGUGACUCCAGCCAUGGGUAUUGAGGUGCUUCAGCCUACAAUGCUUGAACUCAGGGAUGACAGAACUGAAUCCUACUUGCGAUUCAUCAGAGAACAUCUUAACCCUCAAACGCAGGUAGUGGUGGUUAUCUUUCCCACUUCUCGAGAUGACCGUUACUCUGCCAUCAAGAAGCUGUGUUGUGUAGAAAGCCCUGUUCCAUCUCAGGUUAUCAAUGCCAGGACAAUUUCACAGCAGAACAAGCUCCGCAGUGUGACUCAGAAGAUUGCCCUUCAGAUUAACUGCAAACUGGGUGGAGAACUCUGGGCUUUGGACAUUCCAUUGAAAAGCUUGAUGGUGAUUGGUAUUGAUGUGUAUCAUGAUGCAUCCCGUGGUGGCCGGUCAGUGGGUGGAUUUGUAGCGAGCAUGAACAAGAGUCUGACUCGCUGGUACUCAAGAGUGUGUUUCCAGUCACCUGGUCAGGAACUUAUUGAUGGACUUAAAAUGGCUCUUACUGCUUCAUUAAGAAAGUAUCAUGAGGUGAACCACACCUUGCCAGACCGUAUAAUUGUGUUCCGUGAUGGUGUUGGUGAUGGGCAGCUAAGAACUGUUGCUGGUUAUGAAGUGCAACAGCUGUCAGAGUGUUUCACUUUGUUUGGUGAGAAGUAUGAGCCCAAGAUGGCUGUGGUUAUUGUGUCAAAGAGAAUCAAUGCAAGAAUCUUUGCAUCCCAGGGAGGUGGCCCAAUGCCUAAACUGGAUAACCCUGGCCCUGGUACAGUACUGGAUCAUACUAUUACUAGGAAGGACUGGUACGACUUCUACCUGAUCAGCCAACAUGUUCGUCAGGGCACAGUGACUCCAACCCACUACAUCGUUGUGCAUGACAAAUCAGAGCUCAAACCUGACUACAUGCAAAGGUUGGCUUACAAGUUGACUCACCUCUAUUACAAUUGGCCUGGUACAGUAAGAGUGCCUGCUCCAUGUCAGGUGUGUUAACUAUUGCUUGUUCUUGUAGAAUGUGUUCUUUAUAUCUCAGGAACAAUUGAUCUGCUUUUUUCUGGUUGCUGUGUGUUCUCUCUCUAAUUUCGUUAGUGUUCUGUUGUCGUGUUGUGUGUUGUACAUAUUAAGAUGUAGAUAUAUACCUCUUACUAACCGAGUUCGAGGGCUGUACUGUAAGUUACAGACCUGGUUUUUUCCCCCAUAUCGAUUGAUGGCCCAAACGUGAAGUGCGCGGGCCAUAAAUCG